CCUCUCUCAAUACUGUGUUCUUUGACGGUAUGGUAGGUAUCCUAGCUGUUAAACAUGGCAGGCACAGAAGGCACAACACAGCAACUGCAAAAUAACAGCUCCGGCGAAACACAAGAUUCAAAGAAAAAUGGUUUUUUGCAAUCAAAGGUUGAAAGCAAGGAACUCUCCAAGGAGGAGAAGCAGAAGCUGAGGAAGGAGAAGAAGCAGCAGAAGAAAAACAAGAAAGAUGACAAGGGACUGGCGAAAGAGGAAAAGGCAAAGAAACCUGUCCCUGUCAUGGAUGGACAGCAGGCACAGCAACAGAAAGCCCCUCCCACAGCCCCAGUGGCGACCCCUGAGGCACCACCAAGUGGAGAGAAAAGUGGGAAGAGUAAAACGGAACUACGUGCGGAGCGACGGGCCCGGCAAGAAGCUGACCGAAUGUCCAAACAGGGCAAGAAAGGAGACCCCAUCCAACUGGUUUACACGGCCAAGACAAAGGCCCCUCUUAGUGAACCCCAACCAGUUGUCAAAAGACUUCCAGAACACAUUCAAGCGGACGAUCCAGCUGUAUUGAAAAAGCUGGCCAAGAAGCUAGAACGCCAACAGGCUCCACUAAGCGGUCGCAGUCGGUGUGUCUCCGGGGUUGAGAUUCCCUUGAGGUCAGAUUAUGGAAGCAAAGUCAGUCUGUUCUCACAUUUGCACCAAUAUAGUCGAAAAGCCCCUCUCACCCAGCAGAUGAGCCUUCCCUCCACAGCUAUCCACCCAUCCAUUGUGCGUCUGGGUCUGCAGUACUCUCAGGGAAUCUUUGCAGGAUCCAACUCUCGUUGCAUAGCAUUGUUACAUGCUUUCAAACAGGUUAUACGUGACUACUCUACCCCUCGAAAUGAGGAGUUAUCAAGAGACCUUGUCAACAAACUUAAACCAUACAUCAGUUUUCUAAAUCAGUGUCGCCCUCUCUCUGCAAGCAUGGGAAAUGCCAUCAAGUACAUUAAAAAAGAAAUCUCUAAUGUCUCCAGCAAUAUUAAAGAGGAGGAGGCAAAGACGACACUACAGAACUGUAUCGACAAGUACAUUGAAGAAAAGAUUCACUUGGCUGCAAAAGCCAUCUCCAAAUCUGCCUUUGAGAAGAUCAGUGAUGGAGAUGUCAUUCUAGUCUAUGGGUGUUCUUCCCUGGUGAACUUCAUCCUGUGUGAUGCCUAUGAGAGGGGAAGGAAGUUCCGGGUGAUAGUGGUGGACAGCCGGCCGCGGCUGGAGGGCCGGGAGACGCUGCGCAGACUGGUGAGGAAGGGAAUCUCAUGCACCUAUGUGCUGAUCACUGCAGUCUCCUACAUGCUGCCAGAGGUCUCGAAGGUGUUCCUUGGUGCCCAUGCACUCUUGGCCAAUGGCUAUGUGAUGUCACGGGUGGGAGCUUCCCAGAUUGCACUGGUUGCCAAAGCAUACAACGUACCCGUGUUGGUCUGCUGUGAGACGUACAAGUUCUGUGAGCGAGUGCAGACUGACUCCUUUGUGUCUAAUGAACUAGAUGACCCUGAUGACCUCAUUGUGACCCGGAAGGGUAAAACCGAGCUGCAGAACUGGCAGGACACUGCUUCCCUUCGACUUCUGAACCUGGUCUACGAUGUCACUCCUCCAGAUUUUGUGGAUUUAGUGAUCACAGACUUGGGAAUGAUUCCCUGUACCUCCGUUCCUGUGGUGCUGCGUGUGAAGAAUGUGGAUCAAUAAUGGAGUUAUCAGGAAUGGUUAAUAGAUGCUCUCAGCUAUAUUUCACUGUAUAAAACUUCUCUUUGGCAUGGAAUAAAGUUAUUAUUUCA